ACUGCGACGUAAACAAAACCCAAAAAAUGGUCUGCUUUGUUAGUUGUAAGAAACCUCGAACCUUUUCCGCCGCGGGAAUGGGAAGUAACAGUCUCUCCGCCGCCUUUAACUCCCUCAAGUCCUCCAAUCUCAUCUCAUGGAAAUCGACCGGUACGCUUCAACAAACCCUGGCGGGAUGCAUAGAGCUGAUGGGAAAAACACUUCACUCGGGGAAGGUUUCGAUGGUAAAGAUAUGGCCGGGAUUCGCCGGCGAAGGAAGGUACUUUAAGUUUCAAUCGAAAUUAAUUCCUGCAUGCAUUGAUUUUGCCCAAGAAUCGCCGCUGUGCACCACACUUUGCAAAGACGGAUACAAGAUUCGGACCGUCGAGCAUUUGCUUUCGGCCUUGGAAGCUAGAGGCAUUGAUAAUUGUAGAAUUCAGAUUCAAAGUUUCGGUUCUGAGGAUCCUGAGGUCGAGGUUCCUAUUUUUGAUGGGUCAGCAAGUGCAUGGGUAGAGGCAAUAGAUAAAGUUGGCAGAAAGGAGGCCUUGGAUCGGUGUGGCAACAAUGCUGAGAAACUGGCACCAUAUUUGAAUGAACCAUUGCAUGUUUCAAGGAAUGAUUCUUUUAUGGUUGCAUUCCCUUCUCCAAAGGUUCGCAUAAGUUAUGGAAUUGACUUUCCAAAGGUGCCUGCAAUUGGAUGCCAAUGGUUUUCUUCAACUGCUUUUGGUGACUUUUACAAAAAGCAUAUAGCUUCUUCAAGAACUUUUUGUAUCUAUGAGGAGGUGGAGCAAAUGUGCAAUGCAGGACUCAUUAAAGGGGGCUCACUAGACAAUGCAAUCGUGUGUAGUGCCAGUAAAGGAUGGUUGAACCCACCUCUUCGUUUCCAUGAUGAACCUUGUCGCCAUAAGGUCUUGGAUCUUAUAGGUGACCUUUCCCUUUUUGCAUCGCCUGGUAGUCAAGGAUUUCCCGUGGCACACAUAGUGGCUUUCAAGGUUCAUUGUACCUAGUUAUACAGCAAGGACAGCAUUGACCUCUCAUGAUCAUGGUGUUGUAUAUAAUUCAUUCUGUAUUUCUGUUUCGUGCUCUAUGAGCUGAAUUUUUAGCUUCACAGGAAAGUGGAAAUGAGACCCAGAACUGUUUUAAAGUCUCUUCCUUUUAAUUAUACUAAGAAAAUAAUGAAAACUGACCUGACAUUUUGAUUCUCUUUCCAUUCCAACAACGGUGUAUGUGUUUAUUAAAGAAACAAAAGACAUGGUGGAGGUAUGUGUUCCUGAACUUCAGAACUCCCAAGUCAUAAUUCCAAUAAUGCUUGAUUUCAUUAUACCAUUAUCCUAGUUAGUCCAUUCCAGUUGUAUAAGUCUACAUCCUCUAUUGGCCCUCAUCUCUCUGUUUACAUGCAAAAGCAAGGUUCAUGUUGCCACCCUCUCCACCUGCACCCCCUCUCAUUUCAAGUUUCCACCAUGCAUUAUCACAUUGGUGAAGUGUGUUCCUUUACUUCCUAAUCUUUUACAUCACUUGAUUAGUACAUCAAAGAAUCUGUGUCACUGUGGCAAUCGAGUGUUGAUUUGGUGGAUCAUGAAAAUUACUUCCAUGGUUGAUCAUAGUAGGCUUUUUGUCUUCCUUCCAUUCUAGUUGAAUGAAGAUUGACCAUGAUCUAGUAUACAUGUGAAGCACUUAGUUUGGGUUUAGGGAGGAAGACUGGCGGUGGUAAUUUUUCUGUGAAAUAUUGGCAGCAAUAAUUUUGGCCUCCAGGUAUGCAUGCUACCUGCGGACCUCUCUUCUCUCCUUUGACAUCUGAUGAGCUGAGGCAGUGUGGAUGGUGCUUUUAUCCUUGAAAAUUUUCCUCUAUUUUUCAUAACAAGCAGCUGAACAGAGAUUGGGAUAUGUUUUCUUCUGUAUAGCUGUAGACUGCUAGCGGGGCAAUGAGAUAGUAGUCAUGAAUUGAUUUUGGCAUUCUCUUUUCACAACUGGAAACAUGUAGCUUGAAGUCUGAACUAACUGUAGAUUUAUGUAGAGAUAGAUUCAGCGAAUUGCAUACUUUCUGAUACUCUUUUGCUUUGUUGCUUGUGAUUGAUUUCUAAGACCUUGUGCAUAUUUCUUUCCAUCUAAUAUCUUGUAAGUUUUUGACCAAAAAUAAAUCCUACUCAAAAUGUUUGGUAGUCAGUGGAAUCUUCAUUUAUUCAUGGUACAACAUUUCUGUUUUAAAGUGAUAGUUUAUAAUCAUCCCGAGUUUACACUGGUGCUAGUGUGUUAGCCUCAUUACUUUGCUGGUAGUUAGUAUAAUAUGAUGUACCUUGGACGUGAUGGUUUUGAUAUCAUCAGCGCUAAAAUUUUCCUUUUUGUCAGUAGCUUUAAACCAUUCAAUUGACUUUGCAAUUUUGAACAUG